AUGAUUGAUGCUCCAAUUCUCACCCAAAUCAUAACCGAGUACUAUGCGAAUAAGGGUCAAACAGAAGGGAUCCUCGAAGUGUUCGAUCUGCUCGUGGAGCUUGGUGCGGAUGUGAAUGGCGAGAACUCGGAGGGAAACAAUGUUUUUGCCCGUCGUCUCUUGGAACACCAAGAUGCAGACGUCAAAGUUGUUGACCCCAAUAACAACGGCUCUCUAGACAAUGCUGCCGUGAGAGGUCAUCGACCGCUUGUUGAGCUCUUGGCAGAAAAGGAGGCAGACAUCAAUCAGGCGAACACACUGGGCGAGACUCCUCUGUGCUCUGCGGUUCCCAACUAUGAAAUAAUUCGUGUUCUGCUAGAAACCGGAGCAGGAAUUCUGGGUGGACGGCUUUGA